CGGGGAUCCAAGCAGGCCCGGGGAGAGGGAGGCUGCGUACCCGGGCCCAAGAUCACCGGGCGACUGGCAGAUGCGUGCUGCAGGCCCCGGCCACAGGAGCAGCGCUACGGAUGCGACUGCCCUGGCCUUGGAUAUGCCAGAUCGAGUGUCCACCCGUCCAUGGGACUGGUCGCCUGACUCGGCCUGCCCCAGCCUCUGCUUCACCACACUGGUGGCCAAAUAGCCGAUGUCUAAUUCCCCACACAAGCUCAUCCCCGGCCUCUGGCGAUUGUUGGGGAAUUCCCUCCCUAAUUCACUCCUAAGGCUCAUGGAGAGUUGCUAGACCUGGGACUGCCCAGGGAGGCGCACACAACCAGGUGAGGUGGCAGCCAAGACCUCUCCCAUGUCCCUGCUUUUCUUAGGACAGCCAUGGCUCCGAAGCGAAAGUGCUCGGUACAGACUGAGGGCCCUGAGAAGAAGGGCCGGCAGGGGGGAAGGGAGGAGGACCCCUUCCGCUCCACCGCUGAGGCCCUCAAGGCCAUGCCCGCAGAGAAACACAUAAUCCGUGUGGAUCCAACAUGUCCACUCAGCAGCAACCCUGAGACCCAGGUGCAUGAGGACUACGACUGCACCCUGAACCAGACCAACAUCGGGAACAACAACAACAAGUUCUACAUCAUGCAGCUGCUCCAAGAUGGCCAGCACUUCACCUGCUGGAACCGCUGGGGCCGUGUGGGAGAGGUAGGCCAGUCGAAGAUCAACCACUUCACAAGGCUAGAAGAUGCAAAGAAGGACUUUGAGAAGAAAUUUCGGGAAAAGACCAAGAACAAGUGGGCGGAGCGGGACCGCUUUGUGGCUCAUCCGGGCAAGUACACGCUUAUCGAAGUACAGGGAGAGGAUGAGGCCCAGGAAGCUGUGGUGAAGGUGGAUGGAGGCCCAGUGAGGACUGUGGCUAAGCGGGUGCAGCCCUGCUCCCUGGACCCAGCCACGCAGAAGCUCGUCACUAACAUCUUCAGCAAGGAGAUGUUCAAGAACACCAUGGCCCUCAUGGACCUGGAUGUGAAGAAGAUGCCCCUGGGAAAGCUGAGCAAGCAACAGAUUGCACGGGGCUUCGAGGCCUUGGAGGCUCUGGAGGAGGCCCUGAAAGGCCCCACGGAUGGUGGCCAAAGCCUGGAGGAGCUGUCCUCCCACUUUUACACUGUCAUCCCGCACAACUUCGGCCGCAGCCGGCCCCCGCCCAUCAACUCCCCUGAGCUUCUGCAGGCCAAGAAGGACAUGCUGCUGGUGCUGGCAGACAUCGAGCUGGCCCAGGCCAUGCAGGCAGCCCCUGUGCAGGAGAAGAUGGUGGAGGAGGUGCCACACCCCCUGGACCGAGACUACCAACUUCUCAAGUGCCAGCUGCAGCUGCUAGACUCUGGAGCACCUGAGUACAAGGUGAUACAGACCUACCUAGAUCAGACUGGCAGCAACUACAGGUGCCCUACUCUUCAACAUGUCUGGAAAGUAAACCGAGAUGGGGAGGAAGACAGAUUCCAGGCCCACUCCAAACUGGGUAAUCGGAAGCUGCUGUGGCAUGGCACCAACACGGCCGUGGUGGCCGCCAUCCUCACUAGUGGGCUCCGCAUCAUGCCACAUUCUGGUGGGCGUGUUGGCAAGGGAAUCUACUUUGCCUCAGAGAACAGCAAGUCAGCUGGCUAUGUUACUGGCAUGAACUGUGGGGCCCACCAUAUCGGCUACAUGUUCCUGGGUGAGGUGGCCCUGGGCAGAGAGCACCAUAUCACCACGGACAACCCCAGCUUGAAGAGCCCACCUCCCGGCUUUGACAGUGUCAUUGCCCGAGGCCACACCGAGCCUGAUCCGACCCAGGACACAGAGCUGGAGCUGGAUGGCCAGCGAGUGGUGGUGCCCCAGGGCCAGCCUGUGCCCUGCCCAGAGUUCAGCAGCUCCACAUUCUCCCAGAGCGAGUACCUCAUCUACCAGGAGAGCCAGUGCCGCCUGCGCUACCUGCUGGAGGUCCGCCUCUGAGUGCCCGCCCUGUCCCCCGGGGUCCUGCAAGGCUGGACCAUGAUCUUCAGUCGUCCUGCACAUCUCUGGUACCCCUAUAUCACUCCUUUUUUUCAAGAAUACAAUACGUUGUUGUUAACUAUAGUCACCAUACUGUACAAGAUCCCUGAACUUAUGCCUCCUGUCUAACUGAAAUUUUGUGUUCUUUGACCCACAUCUGCCCAGUCCCUCUCCUCCCAGCCCAUGGUAACCAGCAUUUGACUCUUUACUUGUAUAAGGGCAGCUUUUAUAGGUGCCACGUGUAAGUGAGAUCAUGCAGUGUUUGUCUUUCUGUGCCUGGCUUAUUUCGCUUAGCAUAAUGUGUACCAUAUUCACCCAUGUUUUCACAAAUGACAAGAUUUCCUCGUUUUUUAA